CAAAAUAACUUGCGGAUUUCGAAAUAAAUUGUUUGAAAGUUCCUGAUGAUAACCUACAAUUAAUAGUCUGUAUUUGCUUUUAUUAUACCAUAAGUAGAACGGAAGUUAUUUUCAAAUUGGGAUGUAAUUAUGUCGUUAAAGAUGCACUCUUACUCCCAAUGAGAUAAGUCUACAGCAGCAUACGGUUUGACUGGAAUGUAUGUCUGAUAUUCUAUUAAUAGAAAGGAAGAUUGAAACUAGCAGAUAGUAAGGGAACUGGACACUUGAAGGGAAAAGGGAUGAAGUUGUAUUGAAAUUUCAGAGAAGGAAUGUGUUUUGUUUAAGAUAUUGUGUGAUUUAUUUGGUACUUAAGUUAGUUUAGUGUGAUAUAUUGAUGUGAAGUGUUCGGGGGAAAUGUAGGAUUUAUUGCUUUGAGAAUAUAUAAUCAUAAUGGCAGAAAGUCUUACCUUAAGUAGUUCAUCCAGUAGCAUUUUAUCAAAAACAAAUUCAAACCUUAGUUUAAGAGACCUAGAGUCCACCCCCUGUGGUGAACGAAGUACUGGAAAAAAUCCAAAUAUUUACUCUCAAAGAAAUCAUUCAGCAGUAUCUGGACCAGGUGUUUCUAUUAAUAAAAGCAGGAACCAGGAGGUAUCAAGAUACACAAGCACUCCUCCAGUUGUAUCAGCACAGACUUCAUCUAUACCAGCCCCGACAUCUAUACAAAGAACAAGUCAACCCAUUAUCGUUCCACCCUUUAUAGAUAAUCCCCAACCAAACGUCACCAUUCAUUCGGAAGAAGAAGAACCCCCUGAGGAUAUUGCCCCGGAUCCGCAUGAUUUUUACUCACAGUUUUACUGGGAGGAUGUUCGAUUAAAAACUUUUUACGACUGGCCACCAAAUGCAGCUGUAACAAAACAAGAAUUAGCCAAGAAUGGCUUCAUAUAUCAGCAUACUGCCGACAGAGUGCAGUGUGUAUUCUGUAGAGCAUGUUUGUCAAACUGGGAGUGCGGUGAUGUUGUAGAGAAUGAACACAGGAAGCUUUGUCCUGAAUGUACAUUUGCAUUCGGGUAUGAUAUUAGGAAUGUACCCAUUGUAAGACGUUCGACCAAGAAUGAGAACAGACGGCCAGGUGGCAGUGGUUCUCAUGUGCAGCGCCAUGUUGCCGUGAAGGUUCCCGUGACAACAGAUGACGUUGCUCGUCUGGCAAAUCACUUCAAUUCUCAUGGAAUUAGAGAAUCUCCCACUUCAGCAGGUGGCUUUGCCUUUUCUGGUCCUCAAUCUAUGCCAAUCGACCAAAGUGUGGCCAAUUCCCCUUCCAGCCUAUUGGGAUCAGGAGGGGUGAUUACAGAGCCCAAGUACCGUGACUGGGAAAAUGAAAACACAAGACUGAUGUCUUUCCGUGGUUGGCCGGCACAGAUGUCACAAAUUCCAAGACAGCUAGUUGAUGCAGGGCUGCUCUAUAUGGGUGAAGGUGACCGAUGCAAGUGUUACUGGUGCGGGGGAGAGCUGUAUGACUGGGAACCGGAGCAUAAUCCCUGGGUAGAGCAUGCCAAGUGGUUCCCGCAAUGUGGCUACGUCCACAACAAGAAGGGCGUCACCUUCAUCAACACAGUCAGAGGGGUACAGAUAGAACAUCCAUGGGCUGUUACUGUCCAAGCUCUAGCAGAGUUUGGUUACUCUGAAAGUGAAGCCAAAAUUGCCCUCAACAUCUUCAAGAACAGAAAUGGUCUGGAUACUCCUUUCAAAGCUGGAGAUCUUGCAUCCAUUUUGAUGGAGAUGGCAGAUGAUCCAGAUGUGAUGAAUGAAUUCAAUGGCCACAGUGAUGCCACUGCAAGUCAGGUGGAGCCCACUUCUCAAGAUGCAGAAGCAACUUCGGACAGGGAAUUCGUGCUUAGGGAGAAUCAGAGACUAAAAGAGUAUAUGAUCUGCAAGAUUUGUAAGAACAAGCUAUGUGACACUGUCUUCUUGCCCUGUGGUCACCGGGUUUCGUGCUGGGGCUGCGCAUCUUUGUGGGAGAAGAGUUGUUUCCAUUGUUGGAAACCCCUGAACGGCGCGGUCCGCAUAUUGGAUGCAUGACGAAGUGAACUAUUUCACAAGUGAACCCUUCCUAAGUGUACCAUCAUUUCAGGACCAAUGGGGUGGGGUGUGUGCUUAUUUAUACUCGCUUUCGGGCCUUGCCCAUUCGGCGAGUGCUUUGUUAAGAUUGUUAGUCAUUUUAGGUUUUUUUGGAGCAUAGUGCACAGACAGAAUGUAAGGUUAGAGCUACCCUGGUUCUUUAAGUAAAUUAACGUGCACCAGUGUAUAGCACUGUCACACGGGACCCCCAUUUAACUUAACAUUUUUGCUUAACUGUUAAAGAUGUUUAUUUAGCUGUUAGAAAUUGAAAGGGCAUGAAACCUAAGACUUUUAAGCUUCAUGACAAUUAAAAUAGUACCUAUUUUCACUUUAUGAAAGUAACAUAAAUACAAUAGAUGCUUAAAUAUUAUGAUAUUAUGAUCAAUAAAUUAACAACAAAUGUUACAGUACAAAUAAUUGAUAUAAUUGAAAGUUUGAAACUAUCCAAAAUAAACCUUUUAAAGAUAUGACGAAUAAGCAAAUAUAUCAAAUCUAUAUGAAGCAAUUUUAUGAAAAGCCUUACAUUUAUGGUUAUUGGGAUCGACGGUUACACGAGCAUAUUUGCUGGAACUCUUGGUACUAUAUUGUUCAUAAGUCCAUUGUGGAUAAUAAAGUCAAACAAUUUAAAAUAAAGUUAUUGCGUAAUCUUGUAGCAACGACUUUAAAUUUAUUUACAUGGAAAUUGAAGGAUUGCCCUUAAUGUAUUUAUUGUAAUGAAAUAGAAGACUACAAACACUUCUUUAUUAAAUGUCCAUUUUUGACAACUUUCUGGAAUGCUAUACAUGAGAUUUUUAAAAGAUGUGGAAUACAGAAAGAAAUUAAGGAUAUAUAGUAAUAGGUUACAAAAUUUACCAAAAAGAGUAUAAUAUUGUAAACAUUGUUUUAAGUCAGAUUGCCUAUUGCAUCUAUAAGACAUACUUUAUUUGUGAAAGAAGAUCCAAACCGAUAAAUAUUAUGUACCAUUUAUAUGAUGAUUUGAUUAUUAUACCAUCGUUAUGAUUGAAAUAAUUUAAUGAGAUUGACUUAAAAAUAUUGUGUAUUUUUUUUACAAGGUAAUGGGAGGAAACAAUCUAUGUGGCUUAAGGCAAGGUAAUAGUUUUAAAUGUAUAUACUAUGUGUGUGUAUGUCCUAAACCGAAUCUAUAUUUUGUAAUGAUUGCAUAAUAUGAUUGUAGUUUCCAUUGAAAAUGCAUUCAUUAUGAAUAUUUAAUUUAUAUUUAUAAAAUGUAUUAAGUAUUUAUAAAAAUGUAGGAUUUUUUGCAUUUGUUCAUAUUUUGUGCAAUGGUGACUUUGACUGUCUGGUUAAUAAAAAAAUGUUCUGUUCUCGUCAUUUUAAACAUUUUAAAGAGAUACAGUGAAAACUCACUAAACCGGACAAGGUCCGGACUGGGCAAAAUUUCCGGUUUAGUGAGGAUUCCGGUUUAGUGAGGAUUUGAUGUACGGAGUAAGUUUACUCAAAAUAUUAUCUGAGUUAACCUUUAAAGGGAAGUUGGAAAUUGGAAUAAAAUAAAAACACAUAAAGAUAACAUUUAUUUUACAUCAACGAUUGUUCAAGUAACUUGAAAUAAUGCAUAGAGUAUACAUGUAUAUUCAUUUAUAUAUCAAUGUUCAUUUCAUAUACAGUUUAUACAGUUUUAGACGGAGGGUGAAACAUGAUUAAAGCACAUGCAAAAGUGAUAAACAUAAUUCUGAGUUUUUAUUAUCAUCUUUUUUCCGAGUCUAAAAAAAAUAAAACAACUCGCGUAAUUUAAUGCUUGUUAAGUAUGUUUAAUAGUUUAAUUAACGCACCGCUCUAAUUUGAUUCACUCAUAGAUGUCUUUAGAUAAAACAACCCUCCAAAAUGAUAACUUAAUAACCGUUUCUAGUU